UGAAAGAUUCCAAGUUUCCAUGGCGACUUGACCUGUCAGAAUUUUCUCGAUUUUGUUUCGACACAAAAUCAAUUCUGGAUCAUUGAAGAGACAGAAUUAUCUUAGAAUUAAGAGAAUCCAAGAUGACAUCUUCAAAUUAUCAUUUGAUGAGAAAUUUCAUUUCAGUAAUGAGAUCACUUGGUUAUCCACGACAAAUGUCGAUUGAAAAUUUUCGUAAUCCAAAUUUUCCAUUAAUGGCCGAUAUUCUUAUCUAUCUAUUGAAACGUUUUGAUCCAAAAACUGAAAUCGAUUCAAAUGUCGAUACGGAAGAAGGACGAUUAAAAUUUAUAAUGAAUGCAUCACAUUUGAUGGUAAACAAAGCAAAUCUUGAUAUAAAUGUUAAAAAAUUAUAUAUGGCCGAUAUAAAUUCAGUUUAUGAAAUGAUAAAACUGGCCAAAUUAAUACAAGAAGCAUGGAUUUCAUUGGAUCAAGAUUAUCAAAAACAAAAAAAUCAAAAAGAUGUGAUCAAUGAGGAAGAUGAACAUGAUAAUGAUGGAUCCCGACGAUCUUUAUCAAUCGAUAUUGGUGAAGAAUUUGAUCGUACCAAACUAUCACAAUAUAACAGCUUCAAAACUAGUCAGAUAACAUCGGAAAUAUAUCAAGUGGCGACAAAACUUUACGAUACAAUUGCUGAACAUGAUCAGAAUAAAGAUCAUCUACAAAAAACACUUAAUAAACAAUUGGUUAUUGAUCAAAUUGAAUUACAAAUUCGACAAAAUAUUCGAAAAUUACAAGAAGAUAUUGUCGAUAUGCAACAACGAAAACAAAAUAUUGAUCGUGAUAAUGAUGAUUUGAACGGGAAAAUCGAGAAAAAAUUAGCCGAAUUAAAUCGUAAUCGAAAACGAUUACAAACAUUACAAGCACAACGACCAGGAUAUCAAGAUGAAUUGGAAAAAAUUGAACAAGAAAUUAUUGAAUUAUAUGAUCAAUAUGUAACGAAUAGUAGAUGUUUAUAUUUUUUGGAACAAAAACUUGAAGAAUUUGAAGAACUUGAACGGUUAAAAAUCGACGAAAGAAAUAAAGAAAUUAAACAGAUGCUUGAACAGAUUAAAAUUGAUGAUUUUCUCAAAACAAAUAAAGAUAUGCGUAUAACAUCAUGGAAUCAACAGAAUAGUUCGGAUGAACGUUCAGAUGAAUUGGCUGCAAUUGUUGAUGUUGAUGAAGAUCGUAUAUCUGGUAGUGAUUUAAGUGAUAAAGAUAUUAAUGAAAUACCGAAAAAAGAUAAUGAAACAAUACGACGGAAUGGAAGACAGAAAAAUAAAUUAAAUCAUACAAAUGAUAAAAAAGAAAGAUUAUUAAUGGCAAAUACUGUUGUUAAAAGUCAACGUUCACCAGUUAAUUUAACUAAUAAUACAACAUUGGAUACAACAUCGAAUAAUAAUGUAGCGAAUCGUAGUGCAAAAACGGCCAGAAUUUUUUCCUAUGGAUCAUUGUUAGAAAAUGAUGAUGACGACGACGAAGACGACGAUGAUGAUUCUGAACAUUCAGAAACAAAUGCAAAAAUGUCCGAUUCGGAAAUUGAUUUAGAUGCAAUCGAUAGUGAUGAUGAUGAUGAUUCAAUAAAUUCGACUGAAGUUGAAUUUACUAAACCGAAAAAUGUUGAACCAAAAAUCAAGACUAAUUCAGAGAUUAAAAUUUCCGCAUCAAAUUUAGAUAAAGGUGAUGAUGAUUUUUAGCAAAAAAAAAAUUAAAUUUAUUUAUAACCCAAAUUAUAUUGAUUAAUUUACUAAUUAUUAAAGAAUGAAUGAAUAAAAA